UAAAUGAGAGCCAGCUGGUCGGUCAGCCGCGGCUUUUACUCCCAAGCUCUACCUACAGUGGAGGUGUACCCCCCGGAGGGAGGCAGCAUGGCUCAAGCGUUCGUCAACAGCAAGAUCCAGCCUGGGAAGGUGGUCGUGUUCAUCAAGCCCACCUGCCCCUACUGCAGAAAGACUCAGGAGCUUCUCAGCCAACUGCCCUUCAAACAAGGGCUUUUGGAAUUUGUCGAUAUUACAGCCGCCGGUAACACCAGUGAGAUUCAAGAUUACUUGCAGCAGCUCACCGGAGCCAGAACGGUACCUCGGGUCUUCAUCGGUCAAGAGUGCAUAGGUGGAUGCACAGAUCUAGUAAAUAUGCACGAGAGAGGGGAACUGUUGACACGGCUAAAGCAAAUUGGAGCUCUGCAAUAAUUACAGCAGAGCAGACCCAGGCUGAUAUCCCGCCUUGGGGACAGGAUGGCAUUGCAGAUAAUGACAGCAGUUCCUGGAGGAUGGACCUGGGGUGACUGUACCCAGUCACAGCAACUGUUUACUUAAAAUACUGAAGUAUUUUAACCUCAAUAAACGGGGAAGGGAAGUCAACGGCUUCUUUUGACUUAGUAUUAAAAAUGGACCAACUUGCCCAAAAUAACAGGUCUGAUGGAUGUCUUGGGUUUCUUGUGGAUUGGCCCUUUGGGUUCCCAGGGACCAUGACAAGAUAUGCUUAGGAUUCACUCACUGACCCAAAAGAUGGUCCUUCUCUUUGGCACAUGUUCUUACCAACGGUCUCUUCUGAGCUGGGCUGCCUCUACCUCUAAAGCCUGUGUUUCUCAACCAAGUGUAUCUCAGGCCCCAAGCACGAAGCUAGAGUUGGUUUUCUGCUACUGCCUGGAAAUUAUUUUGUUGAGUCUGACUUCCUAGAAUUUGUAUUAUGAAUUCAACAGGCAUUUUGAUUUGUUGAGUUUGACUUCCUAGAAUUUGUAUUAUGAAAUCAACAGGCAUUUUGAAUGUGCUUUUUCAAAAGGUGUCUUCCCAGGCCACCAUCUCCACCCCACCCCAUCCCUUCCUGCUUUGAAACUCACUGCUGUGAACCACUGCCCCGAACCCUGACAACUCACAGAUCUCACAGGAAAUGUUCGACGGUUCUGUCUGUUCUGUCUCUCAGUCCGAGAGAAACCACGUGAAAAGUUAAGCACGGUUGGUCUUCACUUUGUGCUACAGGGAUCAGAGGUGUAGGUGCGGUGGUCAUACGGCAAUGCUGUUAGGUCAGACGGUGUCCAGGGAAUCCUGGACAAGCAUACAUUGUUUAGAUGACACACAGAAGGAACACACAAACAUUUAAAUGUUAUGCAGAAAACCUGCAUCCCCCUCCCACAAAAAAUGUCUGUGAAACAGCCAAAUUUGGGAAACACUGUUCUGGAUGAUUUUCUCUCUCCCCUUCUCCCCCCUCACUCUAUGAGAACUUAAGAAUUCCUUAUUGUGAAGGAUUCUAGAAUUGCAAGACUGUUAAUUUCUUUCUGUAGACACAAGUAUGAAUGGCUAAUUUCUUCUCUAUUAAAGAAGUACUCAUGGAUCAUACACUGAUUUUUGCCCAAUUCGUCGUUCUCAAGACUUUAAGGAGUGUCAUCAAUGCAAAAUAAACCAAUUUCAGGUUUUUGUUUUUUUUUUUUCACAUCCGUCCCCCCUGCCAUUAUAAAUAAAAGCACAUGCUAUUGUCUUUCACUGAG